GCACUUUACCCAUGUGCAUCACUAUCCUUGUUUCCACUAUUUGCAAAUAGUGAUGUGACUGUAAAUAUUUGGCAGUGAGAUGAAUUUGGUAACUAGGCUGUAAAGCUAAAAUGCUUAAAUAGGAAAAUGGACCUGAGAAAGUACCAGUUUGGGUGGGAUUUACUUCUCAUUCAAAAUACCUUUAUAACCAGCAGAUUCAGAACAUUCUUCCAAAAUCAUUACAAGUAAAAAUGUAGUAUAUGAACAGAAAAUAUGAGUAUUCUCAAAAACGGUUUCUGUGUAUAUACAUACACGUAUUACUGUCUCAUCUCGUGUGCUGUUGCCUUAUGGGAAGGAUUUCAAAGGCAACUCGUCACACUUGCCAAGGUUAGGAAGUGACAUUAAGUAUCACAGCAGUUACAGUUAGAUUCAUACCGGUAGUAUUUUAAUAAACCAUAAAUUUGCCUCUUUCUAAAACCAGCAUUUAUUUCUUGUAUAUGCUUAUUAAGCAAGCUAGCUAUUUUUUUCCUGUGACGGGUGUGUAGUGGGCCAGGCCUGUAUAGUCCUAUCAUUGGGAAAUUCAUCCUGAUGCAAGCUUUCAGUGAUGCAAUUUUAAAUCUGGGUCGUAUCCAAAUCUUAUGUAGUGCAAUGCUUGCUAUUUUGGGGGGUGCAAUUUCUAAAUGUCACAUUGGAACUGCAUUAACAUGUUCUGUCAAUAUUAACAGAGGUAGCUAUUGACUUUUCCUGUAUAACAGGGCCAUCUGUCAUGGAUGCUUUAGGUGAGAUUCCUGCAUUGCGGGGGGUUGGGGGUUGGACUAGAUGACCCUUAGAUCCCUUCUAACUCUAUGAUUCUAUGAACUAGCAAAGCUAUAUGUCGUCUUUGUAUGCUGGAAUGGUAGGAUACUAACAGUGCAGUUCUGUGUAUGUUUGCUUGGAAACAAGUCUUUCAGUGUUCAAUGGGCCUUAUUCCCUUGCAAGUACAGUAAAGAAUCAAGCUUUUGUAGGCUGCACUCCUAGAAAUGUGUUUUAGUUUCCUGCUCCACUGUGAGGGAUGCUGCUUAAACAGCUUAUAACAAACCUUCAGCAUACUGUAACCAUGUUUUCUAAACUGGCUCAUCGGCAGUCGUUUGGCGUUCUCUGUCGAGGCGUUCAUGCUUCAGUGAGUUCAGCUACGUCAGUUGCAACUAAGAAAACAGUCCAAGGCCCUCCAUCAUCUGACUACAUAUUUGAGCGUGAGGCCAAGUAUGGUGCACAUAACUACCACCCGCUCCCUGUUGCUCUUGAAAAAGGAAAAGGUGUUUAUGUAUGGGAUGUAGAAGGCAGAAAAUACUUCGAUUUCUUAAGUGCUUACAGUGCUGUCAAUCAAGGCCAUUGUCACCCAAAGAUUGUAGAUGCUCUGAAAGCCCAGUGUGACAAACUUACCCUUACCUCAAGAGCGUUUUACAAUGAUGUACUUGGCGAAUAUGAAGAGUAUAUCACAAAAAUGUUCAAAUACAACAAAGUACUUCCAAUGAACACAGGUGUGGAGGCUGGAGAAACAGCGUGUAAACUGGCUCGCAAGUGGGCAUAUACAGUGAAAGGAAUUCCCAAAUACAAGGCAAAGAUAGUUUUCGCAGCCGGCAACUUCUGGGGAAGAACGUUGUCUGCUAUCUCAAGUUCUACAGAUCCUUCCAGUUAUGAUGGGUUUGGACCAUUUAUGCCAGGGUUUGAAAUAAUUCCAUACAAUGACUUGCCAGCUCUUGAGCGUGCACUUCAAGAUCCAAAUGUAGCAGCUUUCAUGGUGGAACCAAUUCAAGGGGAAGCUGGUGUCGUUGUUCCUGAUAAAGGUUACCUCACAGGUGUGCGAGAGCUUUGCACAAAGCAUAAUGUUCUCUUUAUCGCUGAUGAAAUUCAGACCGGGUUGGCAAGGACUGGGAAAAUGCUGGCUGUCGAUCAUGAAAACGUUAGACCAGAUAUGAUCCUGCUUGGAAAGGCCCUGUCUGGAGGUGUUUAUCCCGUUUCAGCGGUACUAUGUGAUGAUGAAAUCAUGCUCUCCAUUAAACCUGGAGAACAUGGUUCUACGUAUGGAGGGAACCCAUUGGCUUGCCGGGUGGCCAUAGCAGCACUUGAGGUCAUUGAAGAAGAAAAGUUAGUUAAGAAUUCAGAAAUGAUGGGCAACUUAUUGAGGAAUGAGCUUAUGAAGACUCCGUCAGAUAUUGUGGCUUGUGUCAGAGGAAAAGGAUUAUUAAAUGCUAUUGUUAUUCGUGAAACGAAAGACUAUGAUGCCUGGAAGGUGUGUCUGCGACUCCGUGACAAUGGACUGCUGGCCAAACCAACACAUGGUGAUAUCAUCCGAUUGGCUCCCCCGCUGGUGAUCAAGGAGGAUGAGAUCAGAGAAUGCAUUGAAAUUAUCCACAAAACCAUUUUAUCUUUCUAAAGGCACAGUGUUCAAUGUCCACCUUCAACUUUGAUUCCAUAAUGCUACUGCAAAAGUAAUAUUCUUGAAACUCCCUCUCCCCCUUUUUCAAGUUCAAUAUUUUUCAUCCAACUAUUCCUGCUGGGUUGAAAACCAAAAGCCUUCUAAAAUCAAAUAGUUUUAAUUUUUUUUAAAAAUAAUGGACCUGGGGAAAAAAAGCAAAUGACUAAAAUUGUUUUUAUUGUGACUUUGGCUAUGUCUCUUUUUACGCGUCAGCCAAAAUAUAAAUUAUAUGAAACUGUUG